AUUAAAUAUCUGGAAACACUUCCAUAUCGGACACCACAACACGACGAACGGCUCAGAAAAUUGCUGAUCGAUCGGGAGUUCCAGAAACGCGCCGAAGAGAUGGGCGCCGAUGAGGACGAGGAUGAAGACGACGAGGUGUUGGACAGAGCGGACAGUAGGGAACGCAUGUUGUCUAUGAAACAGGACAUCGAGCGGACUCGACAGCGACGGAUUGAACGCGAAUUACAGCUCAAACAACAGCAGCAAAACUUUAGACCCAAUCUCGAGGAAUGGGCUAAAAGGACGCAACAAAACAAUUCGGUUCAUAACAACCAAUUGGAGGCACAGGAAGAGAGACUCCGGCAGUUGAAGCUCGAAGAGAACCGACGCCAUCAAGAGCUGGAAGCGGCGCAGAUGGAGGAGGAAAGGCUUAUACGAGAGGCUCGACGACGACAAGACGAAGAGCUCCGUUUCCGAGGGUUUGUUCCCAAAGGCCAUCAGAUGCCCAAUCAUAUGAACAACUCUCCCAUUGAGAUUCCUCCGCCAUUACCGAAGUCGCCGCCACCUCUGGAAGCGCCCCAACGACUCGACCGCCUACUUAUGACCACUUCGUCGGCUUAUCAAUCAGUGCCCGAACCGAAGACUGAUUUAACGCUCGACCACUCAUCUAAAUAUCCGUCGGCGUUGCGUAACGGAGACCUAUCGGAGCCGUUGUCACAGCACACGAACCACACGCCCAAAAAGGUGUCGUGGAAUGACAACCCCUCGUCAACCGAUCAAAUGGACGACGACUCGGAGCACUUGGAGUCCGACGCGUCUAACCAUCAAAACUCAAGUUUCACGUUACAGGAUAUCGACGAAGCGCUCGGCAAUCACGGAGAUGUGUCCGGCAAUACGCCGGGCGUUAUUGGCGCCCAAGAGGUCUACAACGACCCGCGACAGCGAAUAGAGGCGGCGCGAACGGCGCAGAACGCGGGCCGACAGCCGCCUAUGAAACCCGAGAAACUGAGUUUCGCUGAGAAGAUGCGGAUGUUUGCGAUGGAAGCGGGUUCUGACGACUCGCCCAAAACCAAGAGUAAAAUAUCGAAAGCCCAGCGAGAGAUUGAAACUACUUAUGACGGACAGCCCAUUGACAACAACGGACGCUCCGAUUCGGUCGACUCUAUGACAAUGAUUACCACUUCUUCGUAA